AUGAAAGGCCUCUAUAUCGUUACACGAUACCUCCCCUUUAUCUUUCUGGCCACAGAUCUAUCCAUGGAUUUUAUCCCGAAUGAGAACUCAGGUAAAUGCCGGGUGCUGGAAAAUACUCAAUUAGGUCUUGGAACAGUAUUAGUUAUUGUCUCCGAAACUUUUUUCAUCCUUAGAACAUAUGUGCUCUGGAACGAAAAUAUGAUCUUGCUCGUAGCCAUCUUGUCCACCUUUUGCCAUCCUCCAGCAUUGUCCUCGCCACUGGCGUCCCCGCAGCAUGUACUCGUUCUCACCUUCUCUCUGGCGUUCCACGACGACUCAAAUAUUCUGUUCCCUUUCACAGAUGCGACUAGUGCGAUCCCGGGAAUCACAGGGUGCUACCGGAAUUCGGCAGGUUUCCAGUACUUCAUAGCAUUUCUUCUCCUUUCCGUGUUCGAACUGGGACUCAUGGUGCUCACGCUCAUACGCGCCAUACAGAACUGGCGGAUGAACCCAAGCCGUCUGUAUGUUGCCCUGGUGAACCAUAACAUAUCCUAUUAUGCAUGCGGUUUUCUGCUCUCGGCAACGAACAUCUUCGCAUCGCUGCUCCUCCAGGACUCCUACCAAACCUUUUUUUUCAAUUUCCAGUUUAUCAUGCUUGCAAUUCUUGCCACGCGCAUGCACCUCCAUCUCUGGCAGGUGAAUCAACAUCCACACGGCUCUACUAGCAACCUCGUACAUGUUCCAAUGUCCGACAUUUCAUUUGCAAAUCCCGCGGCGUGAUUGUCUUAUCCCGUGGCUUAUUCAGUGUCGUUCGUGGAGCGAGGUUUGGACCGUACAAGAUGACUGGUGGGAGUAGGUUUGGUAGAGUUGGUUACGUGCUUAACUUAUAGGAUGAAUCUGUCGCAGGGUGGUAGGAGCAUUUGGAUGUCCUUGAUCUAUUUAAGACCUGUAUUUUCCAGUGCAAGCGGUGGCGGCGCAGGGAUCCAAAUCUUGAGUGUGCUAGACCCAAAAUCAAGGAUCAUCUAAUUCUGCUCCGGAGUCCUGCUACACAUGAUCAUGUAUCUUACGAGAAAUUUGACCUGAUCACACCGUGACACAGCCAAAGUUGCACGUUCCUCAACUCGAGUUUCCGUACAU